AUGAGCCGCGCUCUGUUUACUGAAGAAGAGGUGCAACUGGCACGUGAGCGGCGACUGAAAUAUAUUGGAACUGCGAAAGUCAGCAUUACCCACAUCAAAUUUGAUCCUCCUUUGCCUCGGGAUCUAGAUUCAAAAACUUUGGAUCGACUUCGUAGGGUUUUCCGCCAGAAUCGUUGUCGCCGCCUGGAUGUUGACAAUCAUGUUCCUGCUAUCGUAUCGCCGCAUGAUCUCGCCGAUGCGUUGAGGAAGGCAAACUUAUCACAGCAAUCACUAUUGACGACGGAUGCUCGUCAGCUACCCAGAAUUAGUUUUCUGGAAGGGCAGCUUCUUGGACUUCAUGGUCGUCACCGCGUCCAGGCCGCAGCUGAGGUGCUACCUCCCGCUGAUCGUUGGUGGACGGUGGAUCUUUACUCAGAUGACAUUGGCGCACAGCUCAGAACUUCCUUGGUGGAGGAAUACGCAAAUGAAAGAAAGCCGACGGACGGUGAAAUCUAUCGCAAGAUUCGACAAUACGAGGGUGAUUACGAUGAGACCUUUAGAGAGCGAUGGUUUGUACGUCUAUCGCGCAACAACCAGGAGCGUUUGAAUCAACUGGAUAACAAGAAAAAUCGCCGUGUUCGAGGUGCCUUUGACAGGCUACUCACGAUACCUGGGCUUUGGCCGGGUGGGAUGAGGAUCAGUGUAGUUCACAGACUGAUAGCCUCCGGCUGUGUUGAAGAGUCUAUAAAUUAUUUGCAUCAUAUCUGGGAUUUCUGGUCCUCCUUGGUUGCUUCGGACCACGCUUCACUCAAGAAGAUCGACCAGAAUACUGUGGAGCUCCUGCAGCUGUUGGCACCCGGUAAAUCACGGACGGAUGGGAACACAGCCUGUGGAAUGAUCCUGAGCGGCCAAGCAUUUGCUGAGUUCAGCGACGAAGAGCGACGGAUCAUAUGGUCCCGAGUACAGAAUUAUGAUGGCCUUAUCCCGUCUUUGUAUACCUUUUUCGAAGACUUCAAGUACCUGGAGGCCUGUGCCCACUGUAUCAAGCGGCUCUGUGGUCCGAUCAAUAUGUCGAUCUGGAGAACGAUGAGUUCAAUAUUCAUUCCACCCUCAGAAGAGGGAACCGCGACUCCAGGGGCCGCGGAUUCCCUCAUCCAGACUUCCGAAUCUACUUUCCGACGCCAGCCGGCAACUGAUAUGGAACGCCUCGAGACAGGAUAUUUACAAAUAUGGCUUUAUGCAAUGAGGCACUAUACGCUGAUGCCCCCGGACCCAAAGAGUGAUGACGAGUUGUUGGCAAAAUCAACUCGUGCCAAGCCCGAUGAGAGAGCGAUUUACGAGAUGGCUGAACUGGCCCACCAGCUUGGCUUUCAAUCCACUGAAAUCGAUGCACUGAUCAAGAGUUCACCCGAUCAUCAGAUCGCACGAUCAGCUCUCCUACAAGCCCGAAAGCCCAACCGGUAUCGAUACGAUGAUCAGGAUUUUGAUCUUUUGGUCAAUCAGAUCGUGAGCUGCUUCGCCAAGGCAGUUCCCGACCGACCAGAGCAGCCUCAGGGCCUUCUGGCGGAUAGCGCAAUGAAGCUAAAGUCUCGUUCUGGGGAGCCACAAACACGGACCCACAAGCAAGAUGGACCCUUGCUGUUCUUGGACCCUUUGCACGCUGAUGUUGAGGUUGGCGACAAUAUCACCAGCUUUUUCGUCCGUCGUUGUGUAUAUUUUGCAUUUUUUGGAAAGUCUGCACGGAUUGCGACUAGCACUUUCAACCAAGCUGAGGACACUUACCCAGGCCAAGGAUUAGGGGAUAUGCCUCCUUCGCCAAUGUUCGUCGAAGAGGAUGACACUUACCCAGGCCAAGGAAUGGGGGAUAUGCCUCCUUCGCCAAUGUUCGUUGAAGAGGAUGACCCCCUUGUUACUCAUACCCCUGCACCAGACUCUCAUCCUCAGGAGGCACAGGAGAAACCACAGGAGCAGACGGCUGAAGUUGCUUUAGAACAACGAGGUAGUGAGAGCCAGCGGCCAUUGCGGACAGACCGGAAAGAAGAUGCCAGGCGUCGACGAAGGCGAAAUCUUCAAAUACGCCAACCUGUCUUGGGCCCGGCGGAGGAUAUGGACCAAGAACCAACGGAAUCGGAACUUCCAAAUAUGGAAAAUCAAGACGAGGUUAUACUAGACCGAAUCAGUUUGCUUGAAGAGAAUUCUAUGUCAGUCAGGCCUCAAAGCCAGCCGGAGCCAGUCGAACCAGUGAUGGUUAUCACGCAAUCUUCCCAUGUCUCUGCUGUGCUGGAUGCUGAAGAUAGCAGGAGUGACUGCACAAGAGUCUCUUUGGACGCAAUUCCGCUCGUCGAGGACAAGGAAGAGCAAACAAUAGUCGAAGAAGCUGAUAAAAACGACGCUCCUGAUGAACAGACAUGGGUCGAUGGUAAGGUACGGCGAGUUUAUCCAGAGUCAGAGGCAAACCAUUUCCCACAAGUCAAUUUAGAUGAAUUCCUUGCCGGCUUGAGGAGAGCUCAGGAAGAACAGGAACAAUUGGAACAGAGGUUGGAAAAUGAGCGGCUGAACGAAGAGUUUGGCUUACCAGGGCAGCCACCUGACGAGGAGACUUCUCGACUAGAAAACAGACAGGAUCCAUCAUCGUCGAGCUCUGAAAAUCGACCGCAGGAGUCUGUGACUGGGGAAGCCUUCGAUCUUGCAGCUGCUUCAGAGACCAUCACCGAUGAGACACCAGCAGAACAUGUUCGGUCAGGAUCGCUGGACCCCGUUGUAGAUCUUCCACCCCUUCCGCAAGUUGUUGAAAAUCUGCGUGCCCAUACACCCCGCGCGGCCAAUCAUAUGCCACUAAGGAUGGCCGAAGAGCAGGUCCCUCAAAAUUACAUUGAGAUCCAGGUCUGGUCCCUUGAACGAGGAGAGUGGAGGCGGUCUGACCGUCUCCACAUAGAUCCCUCUAAUCCAUCGUUGAUGGAACGAGUGGCGCAGAAGUAUUUAUGGAAAAAUUACUCACUGUACGAUAAGGAUUUACACAACUUAAGGCCGGCCCAAUGCUACCGCGCAGCGACUGCUGAUGGUAGCAACGCCUUGUUUGUGGUGGCCGAGCACGAGGAAAAGAAGCUGGCGACCGAAGGUCGACUUGUAAAGGAGAAGAACCUUCUAUGGAUGGCAUCUCGCGUACUAGACCGGGUAGAAGAUGGAAGGGAUCCUAGGCGCUCAUGA